UUGGGACCCGAUCGGAAGCUUAUAAGAGCGGAUCUGAACAGUCUGAAACCGAUCUUCGCCACAUUUGGUAGUGAGCGGAUGUGAAAAGUGAAACCGAGGAAAGUUGCGUUGUGUUAUCUUGUAAAGCGUCGGCAUCGUCGAUUUUGCAUACCCGUUAAUCAAAACAGAGCGAGAGAGAGCGAGAGUUCGAACAAUGAUCAAUAUAAAUCCGCGACUUCUGCUGAUCGCCGUGCUCUUUGCGCUUAUUGGGAAAGUGGCACGCGCCCAAAUCGCCUUUGUCGAGGAUCAAGACAUUGAUAAGAAGAAGGCCAACCUUGCGGGUCGCAAGCCACUUUACUCCCCAGCCCGAUGCCCCAAGCACCAGCUUCUUUAUCCGGGGGACCAGCAGAAGCAAAACGAUUGGGUCUGCGACUGCGCGCCAGCCACACUGUAUUACCCAGAGACCGACGGCUGCUAUCCGGCCUUCAGGCAGGGACCCUGUGAGCCCGGCCAGAUGCUGGUGCUCUACAAGGAGAAAAUCAUCCCGGAGUGCGUGCGCAAUCCGUGCAACCAGGACGGGCACUUCAUGAUCCGCGACACCUGCUACCAGUUCGGCAACACCAAGAACGAGGAGAACCCGUGCCCCCGUAAGGAGGCAACCUUCGUGCUGGGCGUAAAUCCCGUCAACCUGAUGGUGGACUGUGUUAAGCUGUCCGUGCAACUGGAGACCCGCAUAUCAGACACCCCGGACACGCAGGCUCCACCGGAGUACUACAUCGAGCUGGCUGAGAAGUGCUCCCGCGGCAGUCGCCUUUUGGCCCAAGGAAAGUGCGCCUAGAGAAUUUCAGCAGGAUAUUUAAAUGGUUAACGAAUAAGUUUACGUAUUGUGUUCUGUUUGGUGCUAUAGAUUCCAGUGAAACAUUUUUAAUUUGUUCAAUGUUUAUAACAGAUACAACAUGAGUUUUGGAUUAAAGACUCAUUUUAUGGCGAA